UCUAAAAUGGUUCGUCUCUGCCUUUUCUUCCUUCUCCUCUGUCUCGCCUGCUUCUUCCUCUCCUCCCACAACCACCACCACCGCCGCCGCAACCACCGCCGGCGCCGCCGCGACACCUCCGCUCUCCACUACGUCAAAACCAAACUCUUCACCGCAAUAAAACCCACUUUCCUCCAUCUCAUCAAACAUUUCUUCCCCUCCCCAAAUCCGAAACCCUCGCCGCCGCCGCCUUCCUCCGCCGACCGGCUAAACUCUCCGGCCAUUCUAUUCAGCCCCCUCACCCCCCGCAAAUCUCCAAACCCUUCCCCCUCCCCGCCGCCGGCCGCCGUCCACGGCCUCCACCCCUGCACCGUCUGCGGCGAGAUUUUCCGGUCCCCUGCCCUGCUCGACCUCCACCACUCCGGCAGCCACGCCGUCUCCGACCUCGCCGACGGCGAGAACAUCGUACGGAUAAUCUUCAACGCGGGCUGGCCCGGACCAUCACCCGACCCGGAUAUGAACCGGGUCCGGGUCCGGAGCCCCGCCAUCCACCGGAUCCUGAAGAUCCACAACCACCCGAAGAUCGCGGCCCGGUUCGAGGACCACCGCGAGCGCGUGAAGGCGCGUGCGGCGGCGCAGGUGAAAUCCGCCGGAGACGAGCGGCGCGCGGCGGACGGCAACGAGGUGCUCCGGUUCCACUGCACGACGGCGGUGUGCGACCUGCAGGAGCCGUCCGUCUGCGGACACGAGCACUGCAGCCUGUGCGGGAUCAUCCGCGGCGGUUUCUCGGCGAAGAUGGACGGAAUUCCGACGCACGGCGGCAGCUACGCCGCCCACCGGACGGUGCCGGAGGAGGUGGAGGAGGACUUCAAGUUCAUGCACGUGCGGCGCGCGUUGCUGGUCUGCCGGGUCAUUGCGGGUCGGGUCGGGUUCGAGGCGGGCCCCGCGAAUAAGGAGGAUCCCGGGUUCGAUUCUUUAUUAGUGAAUGGAGAGGGGGAGGAGGAUGAGCUGGUGGUGUUUGAUCACAGGGCUGUUCUUCCCUGCUUUGUCAUCCUCUACUCUACUGCGUAAUGACCCCUAAUUACUCUCUCUCUCACUCUAGUUUCUCUCUCUCUAAAUAUAAAUAUAUAUAUAUAGCCAUUGUCGGUGUAAGAGUUGAGUUUGAUAAAAUGGGUCUUUAUUAUUAUGCAGCCAAUGAUAUGAGUUGAUUAUAUUUAUAUUGUGCCAUCGUCA